AUGGGCUUACGCGUAAUACCAAGCCGAGUUGCAGGUACCCUGAAAGCAACGAGAUUGCGCAUGUUGGCUUUCAUGGUCGCAGGUCGCAUUCCCUCAGUCCGCAAUCAGCUCUUCAAAGCAUUCACUGGCAAUUCGUGUGAAUUCCGGACCUUCUAUGGCUUUUCGUUCUACAAUUUGCUGCCGGCAGAUGUUGCCAAUGCCCAAGUUACAUUGAUAUAUCUGUAUGGGCGCCCUUUCCGUUCGUUGAACACGCUUCCCAAGGGCUUCCUCUGCGCUUCCAGAGCAUUCUGUCUCAGCAUAAAUAGCCUGCAUGUGAUGCUCUGGAGACAUAUCGUUUCGACUGCAUUCUUAUUAUCCAUCUUUACAACUAGCGGCUAUUCCAGUCAAAAUGGUCACUCAUCUCAACCAGGUGGGAAUACUACCACCUCGAAAGGACCUCAACCCUCUAACCAUCCUACUCCUGGUGGAUCGUCAUCCAGACCGCAGUUCGUCAUCUACAGUGACAAAUCUAACACGUUCCCGGAUGUAGCAAACAUUCAGGGUUACACUGUCUUCGCAAUUUCAUUCCUUUUGAGCACAGGUGCAGCUGAUCAAGCAGUAGUGUGGUCUCAACUUAAUAAGAACACUAGGCAACAGAUUAAAAGCAAGUACAACGCUGCUGGAAUAAAGGUUAUAGUCUCUGCGUUUGGCAGCACAGAAGCACCGACAACUUCUGGGGUUGAUCCAACUAAGUGUGCAAAUGACAUGGCUAACUGGAUACUCAAUAAUGACCUCGAUGGUAUUGAUGUCGACUAUGAAGACUUGGGUGCAAUGAGCCUCGGUAAGGGAGAAGAGUGGGUGAUUACAUUUACCAAGACACUUAGAAGUAAGCUGCCUAAGGGGAAAUAUAUCCUUACUCAUGCCCCUAGUCCGCCAUGGUUCUCUACAUGCCUGCCAAAUUCGCAACCACCGGUUACACAACCAGUGGUUGCAAACCAUCAACCAUCAGACGUGCUCGGCUGCACGUCUGGUUUCAUAGUUGUGUGA